ACUUUUCGGCUUGGUGUGGUAAACUAAAAAUCUUUACAAGAACAUACAUAUUAAUUUAAUUAUUUUACUAUAUGAGUAGUCUGCUUAUAAUUAUUAAAUUAUAACUAAAGGCCAUUAUUAUUGUAUUAUCAGUCAAAACUAUUUUGGUUUAAUAUCACCUCAAGAAACGUUCUAAUUAUUGUAUUUCUAUACAACUUUAGAUUUUUAAACCAUUUUCCAGCGAAAUGACUAACGUGGGAUAUGAUUUAGAUACGUCUGGUGGACUUAUGCCGCUCAUUCGGGCGCUAAUAAAGCCACCAGACGAAGAUGUGAAUGUUCAAAAGCCUAAGAAAUCGCACCCAUAUUAUAAGCGUCCUGGAAAAGGUCACAACCACGAUUCUUGUGAUGCUUGUGGAGAGGGAGGUGACCUUAUAUGCUGUGACCGCUGUCCAGCUAGUUUUCAUCUUGGUUGCUAUGACCCACCAUUGGAUGAGACUGACAUUCCAUCAGGCUCAUGGCUGUGUAAGCAGUGCACAGCAAAUGAUGAAAAGCCUGGCAGCACCCGGUCAAGCAGGCCACAAUCCCCUGUUGAUGUUAAGAAUGAAUCUGAGAAAAAAACUAGGAAUCUACGUAAUAACCGCACAAACUCCAAAAAGAGUAAAGAUGAGAGAGAGGAGGUUGAAGAAGAAAAGAAAGAACCAGAAAAAGAGCUCACUCCAAUGGAGAUCUUAGUCAAGGCUGCUCGCGUUAUGAAUCCACGUCAGUUUGAUUUACCUCCAGAAAUGAAGCAGCCAUUUCCAUUCCCUGGAACUGAUAAGGAGGGUAGCAAGAAUGGUAAUGCGUCACUUCUGACAGUCGAUUCCUCUGGUUGUGUCCCUCUUCCCGCCAAGACUUGUUACGUGUGCCAGUGGACUUGCAAGCUUGCACCAUUGCUACAGUGUGAUUAUUGCCCUGCGUUAUUUCACUUGGAUUGCCUGGACCCACCUUUAACUGCGUUGCCAACUGGCCGAUGGAUGUGCCCUAAUCAUGUGGAAAACUUUAUUGAUUGGAAGCUGGUAUCGUCAAUAUCGGCAGUGGAACGAGCGGCUCUUUGGGACAGAUUCGGAGCUCCCGUCGACCAGCACGCCGUCAAGGUGGACUUUAUAAGACGGGCGAGGCUCCAGAGACAUCGCGUGCCCAUGGGCGUCCGCGGUCGCGUAGUCGUGCCCCGCUGCGUGCGCGCUCACUACAGACGUCCCCCGCCCUUGUUGCCUUCGCGGAGGGAGCAUGUGCGAUGUCGCAAAGUGCUUAAAAAUAGGUUGCCCUCCGAAUCGGAAUCCGAAGAAGAUGAACCAAAUACAAAACAUAAGAUUUGUCUCAACAACGAUUGUUCUCCCGAGGAAUGUGAUAAGCCUAAACUGAGUGGAGUCACCGAUAAGGGUGCUGUUGACGAUCUGAAGGCUAUCGAGGGUGAUGAGGCGCCAAAAUCGGAAAACAUAUCGUCCGACUCGGAUAUCGAUCCGGAAUAUUUGCUGCGUGUGAAACGUCGCAAACCCCGAGACUCAAGUCCAAGCAAAAGGCGGGAAAAACUUAAAUUGCGAGCUGGAACGGAUGUCGAGGAGCUGUUGGCGGCCGUUGAGAAGCAUUUGGAUAAGUUGGACGAGCGAUUGGUUAGAGUAUUGGCUUGGCAACGACUGCAAGAGGUGGCUUUAGGUGAACGAGCCGCCGGUAGAUGGCGCUCUUCAACAGAUGAACUCAGUACGAAGGCUGCGGCGGCCAUUAAACACGUGGAAAGGUCACAACUCGCCAAACACGGGUUGAGGUGUACCACAUUACCCUCGGAAUUGCUGGCCUCGGCUGACAGGGAGAGGAUCGCAUCGAUAGUUUGGGGAUCGCCGCCCGCCCUGACCUCCGCCCAGACCAAGAAUAACGCCUUGGAGGCUGCCCUUAAAAGGAUGCUGGCCUGCGUCACCAGGCUGUUCCACACUGACAAAGCGGGUGACGUAACCCUGGGCGCCUCUAUCCCGAUGCGCCUGUCAUCCCUCACAAUCGGGAGUGACGGCUCCUGCGGGCUUCAGCUGGAGACGAAUUGUAGACAUGUGUCUGGGAAACAUGCUAUCAUAUUUCGGGAUGAGGUAUCGGGUCACUUUGAGCUGAUCAACUAUUCGGAAUGGGGUUCCGUAGUGAACGGAGUGAUGUACUCGUGUGCCACGCCCCUCUACUCCAGUGCAGAGGAUACUCGUCCGGAGCAAUUGAAACACCUCGCUGACAACAAACGAACUGAGAAAAGGUUAAAAGGCGCUCUAACUGAACCAACCCACGCAGAGCAAACGUGCGCUUGCCCCAUCCGCCCACCUGACGGCAGUAGGGCGUGGGAGGGAUCUGCGUUGGUCCCCCACGGGGCCCUACUUCAGUUCGGAUGCCAGCAAUACGUUUUCAGCAUCGCGGAGCCCAGACCUUUUCCUUACGAGCAGCCAAUAGAGGAACCAGCUUUGUAAUAAAAGUUACGGAUUCAAAUUUUAACACCUUUGCGUGUAAGGUAUUAAUAAUUAAAAACAAUUAGUGGCGUGCAACGUUUUUAGGUCUGGGCCUCAGAUUUCUGUAUCUGUUUCAUGAUUUGUCAAUCUAUAAGGCAAGUGGUUAUCAGCCUUCGCCAUAAGAUUUUUGGGUCACAUUAAAAUUUAAAAUUUGAUCUGCUUUUUUUGCCAGUGCAGUCUUGUCAAUCAAUCCAAGAACAGAUUUUUAUUCACUUUUUAUGUUACUUAGUUAAUAUAGUGUUUAAAACUGUUACUGGUGUAUGAUUAGAUAUUGUACUCUUAAUGUAAAGAUCACUUAGAAAAUGAGGGUAGGCUAAUUUGAAUAUUACACUCCUACUCAUGUUUUCAUUUACCGUUCGAGCAAAU